CAAAAACAUGCCACCCUGAGGAUUCCAUGGCGUAUGCUCCCGGAUCACCCACGAGUUGUUUAUGCAUUUGUAUAUGUAUACUUUGGCAAGCCAUUGCCAUUUGUAUCGUAAAAUGGUAUUUUUCUGAAGCAAUUUCUAGGCACUUGUGGGGUAUGAAAAGAAAAGUUCCAGGGGGCAGUUUCCUAAGCCACCGACAGCGGCAUUGUCCCACCCUCACCGCCCUUGCCCGACGGACGCUCGCCUUCUGGGAGCUUGCGGUCGAAGUCGUUAAGGAGACACCGCUUCGUCGCGCGCCAGUACGUCUUCCCAAUGUUAGAGAGCACUAUGUCGCAGUACUCCCCGGCGGCGCGCUGGCGGAACUCCUCAUCAGAUGCGCAGACAUGGCGCAGAGAGCUUAGCGGCUUCCAUAGCCCACUGAGGGAGUCGGGGUGGCUCGAAAGCCGGAUCAACUCCCUGGUUGAUUUGUACCCCUACGUCAACACCGGCACGCCUCCGACAUUUCCGACAGGUUGUCCGGUCGGAUAUAUUCCAGCCUAUGAGGUAGAGCUGUGGCAACUUGAGAAGCAUCGAUGCUGAUUGCUGUGCUACCGCGGCCGGCUUCGCACGCGGAUCCAAGCCGUCGUUGGCACCCGAGUCGGCAGUCGGCAUGCCAUUGCCCGGGACGUCUCCGGGAGUCGCAGCAACCAUAUCUUGCCCGUCCUGGCCUUCAAAAUAGAGAAUGUUGUCGCUCCGUACCGACUUGUGGAGCCAGUUUACCAUCUGUAGACUAUGAAGCGCCUUGGAGAGUUUCUCUGCCAGCAGCAGCCUCUGGCCGAUCUCGCACUUUUUCGUUUUGAGGAGGCCGAAGAGAGUCUUCUCUUGCAUCCCACUCCGCGCUUUUCCCGGAAUCUCGAAGACGAUACCUAUCCUCGAGUUCGCCUUGUCGCGCACGACGGCUUCUGGCCGGAGGGUCUGCAGCUUGUGAUACGAGGUUGGCAUCGUGGAGAAGAGACAGGAGGUUCGCGUGGCGGUAGAAGUGAUCCAGGUUCACGGGUUUGCCGUAACGCGUCCACCCGAGCAGGACAGACCGACCGAUGCGUUGCGACAUGCACCGGACCGGGCUGAAGUCGGUUGUGCCGCUCGGGAAGUCGCCAACAUCGAGAAUCUGGAGACGAGUUACAGCCACACCGACGGAAGCGGGACCUCCCGUUUGGCAUCUCGCCCUUGUUCUUGGCCAAGUCCGUGUCGCGCAGCAAGAUAUCGUUUCCCCUCUCGAGGUUCAGACGUGGCCAUAACUUUGUCUUCGGCGAAGUACUCACCUCUCCCUCGCCUAUGAUGCCGCCGUAAAGAAGACGGUCUCGGUGCUGCGGCAGAGCGGCUGCCGGUCAUGGUCGGUACCACUCGACUACGGGGGCGUAGCGUCCGGCUUCCCGGCUUGCCUUCAUGGUGCUGCAUUUUACCGCCCUGCCAUUUGACAUCAGGGUCAGCCGCGUCGCGCCGGCACCUGGCGUCGAGGGCUGGAAGUGGCUGUGGCUGUGCGGCUGGAGCCUCAGCACGCUUUUCAACAUGGUGUUCCUCUUCCAGUGGGUGCUGAAGCACUCCUUGCUCAUCACACCGUGGGCCCGCUACAGCUCCAGGUUUUUUCAAUGGAGGCGGGUUGUGGUGGGGAAUUUGAUGCUGCUGCUGUGCCUUCUUCUCAUUAUUGGCGAGUAUGUGGUUGUGCCCGCGGUCCUGUGCUCGCGCGUCAUGCUGGACGACACAUUUUCCAAAGUGCACCUGGCGGGUUUCGUCAUACUAGCCUCUCCCACAAUUUGUUUUUCGCUUUGGAUAGUGCUCAUCGUCCUGCAAGCGCUUUUCUCGACGCUGAGUGGCAUAUUUGUGACUUUAAUGGGUCUACAGCUUGAAGCACGCCUUGUAGGGGCGUAGUUGUAUAGACAUAGUGCGAAGCCUGCAGCGGAAGGCAGGCUGCUCUGUAAGUCAAAAAGCGGGCGGCGCGGGCCUACAGAGAUGAACAACGGGCCCGCCUCUAGCUCUGGAGCGUGUCAGCCAAGAGGUUGCUGAUGGCGGCGAUGAUUCUUCCCAGUUGAUACCGUCUGUGGCUCUUUGUGAACAGGAGAUUUCGUUCACCUCCAGGCAGGAUUUCGAGGCCCGAGGCCGGUCCCCCGCGUUCCACUAUACGAAGAAGAGAGAGAGAGAGAGAGAGAAGGGGGAAGCCACAAUGUGUACAAAAGCUUUACGGGACAGUGGAUCUAGCUGGACCAGGAACCAAGCAUCACCAGGACACACACGCACACAUUUUGCAGAGCCUGGGAACUCCAUGGCCUUGUUUGGGAGUGCUUUCUAUCCAGGGGGCUUAUUCUUGUGGCACUGCGUACUACCGCUUGUUGCUAUCGACGCAAAUGGUUUUACUCCCUGGCAAAGGCAGGCUAGCAUCGCAUCGACAGCCUCACGCGAAACCCAGAAGGUCUGGGAAGCCACCUGCUCUCGACAGUCUAGUCACCCUCGGUGAGCUCCAUCCAGUAGGGGGCCAGCCAAAUUCCUUCUACUCCUUGUCCGAGGAAUACCUACUUACUGAUCGUGACGAACCCAUCUCGCAAGGGUGGCACACCGCCCACCACGCUUGAUGCAUGUUCUAUACCCGAGCAACUGGCAUCAUUGGGCCGUUAUUCCCUGUGUUCUCAAGUACCAGCAGCCCAAUGCGAGUCCCAGGUCACGCACUGCCGUCAAUCCUCCG